AUGUCUAAGGAGAAUUCUCUCGCUGCUCUCAACCCCAUCACGACAACUUUCGACCCCGAGGUCAAUCCGCCGGCAUACACUGAAAUGAAAUUUCCACCUUUGUCAACUAACACUCUCUCGGCUUCUGAACGACUUAGAACUCGCAAAAGAUCAGGAGAAUUCCUGGAACAUCAAAACCCUCUGCACCUGCACCCACCAGUCGUACCACCAGUUGUUCCACCCGCCUCAAUAGACAUGGUGAAUAAGCAUAGAUCCCAUGUGGAGAUGGGCCCUGAGGCCGAUGAAGCGGCUCACGAAGGGGAGGAGGAUGUUUCUGUCGACCUUUCCUUCCCGGUGCCGGAGGCUAAAAUUACUCAAUGUUUCUUUGAUCGCAACAACAAGGAGUGGAAGAAUGCGGUGGUGAUUAAACCAUUCGAUGAGUCCAUCACCAUGGCUUGCCUGACCAAGAUGUGGCCUUUCAUGGCGGGGUGCAAUAUGAUGGAUCUAAAGAACGGACUCUAUCUCAUCCAUUUUCGGUUCCUGGGAACUAGCACUAGUUUCAUGGGAACCUUUAGGAGUAAUUCAUCAAAUUUGUUAGAUCUAGAAAAUGAUAUUCACAAAAUCCACCAAUACAGGAGAUACGGUAAGUGGAAGAACAGAGACUCAUUCCUUUCUUCCUUCUCGCAACUCAGUCAAAUAAGAAUGUCCACUACAAACUACCGGUUGAUUUCUAAGAUCACUUCCGGCUUUAGGACUUUUCUUGGUUAG